UUCUUUACUCAGCGCGGGGCCGGGGUUAGACUGCAGCGCGCGUUUAGAGCGCCGAUGCGAGCUGUGCUUACGGAGCGCAGGCGGUGAAAUAUCUCCCCCAAAAUCUGGUUAAGAGGGAGGACGGCGGGGCUGCAGUGAAAGCUUUUAUUCACGGGGUAAAUUCGCCACAUCGCCGCUGCAGAGAGCGCCGCUGUGAGCGCAGCGCUGCAGCCGAGCGGCGGGCUGUAGAUCAACCCUGCACGCCGCCGCCUCAGAGCUCCGCACGAUUGUUGUAGGAAGUGUCAUUUUUUUUCCAGAGGGGCCGGGCAAUUCAAAGGGAUGGCGGAGCCUCGAUUCAACAACCCCUACUUCUGGCCCCCACCUCCCUCCAUGCCUGGUCAGCUGGAUAACCUGGUUCUAAUCAACAAGAUCAAAGAGCAGCUGAUGGCAGAAAAGAUCAGACCUCCGCAUUUGCCACCCACCACUGUUCCCUCUCAGCAGACCCUGCUGGUGGCCUCGCCGCCCUCGGACGCUGGCCAGCAUGUGAUGUCCAUCCCUAAGCUGCAGCAGGUGCCGGGGCUGCAGGCCCACAACUCCUCCCAGCCGGACAUUGCCCUGCACGCCCGCCCGGCCUCCAGCACAGCAGCAGAUCUGAACAUGGAUGACAAGUCAGCUGUGAAAGCUAAAGGAUUAUGGGAAGACUGGCACAUGCGUCAAGCUGUAGACCAGGCUGCAAGAGUGAACCAUCGAUCAGGCCUGGCACCAUCUUCUCGCACAGACAGUCACAGUACUUCUGACGCUAUGACCCCCACCACCCCCACGUCCAGCAGUCAGAACCGGCUAGGAGGAGCCCCUUCCCUCAAUGUGAUCUCGGGCCUGGCUAUCGCUCCUGGUAUGGACCAGGUGAAAAACGCAAGCUUGGCGGGGAUGCUGGGGCCACAGCCCAAAGCUCCACGUGGCCGUAAGAAGAUCAAAGCAGAGAACAACACUGGCCCCUUGCUGGUGGUACCCUACCCAAUCCUGGCCUCAGGCCCUGACCAAUCAGUAACCAUCGCCAAAGAGGGGAAAACGUACAGGUGUAAAGUAUGUCCACUCACCUUCUUCAACAAGUCAGAGAUGCAGAUUCAUUCCAAAUCCCACACAGAGGCCAAACCGCAUAAGUGUCCUCACUGUUCAAAGUCUUUUGCCAAUGCUUCAUAUCUAGCGCAGCACCUCCGAAUUCACUUAGGGAUCAAGCCUUACCACUGCUCCUACUGUGAGAACUCCUUCCGACAGUUGUCACACCUGCAACAGCACACCAGGAUUCAUACUGGGGAUAGACCAUAUAAGUGUGCUCAACCUGGAUGUGAAAAAGCAUUCACACAGCUAUCAAAUUUACAGUCCCAUCAGAGGCAGCACAACAAAGACAAACCCUACAAGUGUCCCAACUGCUACCGUGCCUACACAGACUCGGCCUCCCUACAGAUCCACCUGUCAGCACACGCUGUGAAGAAUGCUAAAGCCUAUUGUUGCAGUAUGUGCGGUCGUGCAUACACAUCAGAGACCUACCUUAUGAAGCACAUGUCCAAACACACAGUGGUUGAGCAUCUUGUUAGCCACCAUUCGCCACAGAGAACAGAAUCUCCCAGUAUCCCCAUACGUGUCUCUCUCAUCUGAGCUUCUGUAUGCUCUUCUCUUUACCUCCUCUUCCUUUCAAAAAGGUUGUUUUAUUUUUUCUUUAUUUUGUCGUUUGUGUGCCAGGCUGCUCUUCUAUUGAGAAAUAAGAAGACAGAAAAGGAAUAUAUGCAGCACCUCAGUUCUCAAAGGACACCAUGGUGUCUGCUAUAUUCUUUGAUAUUUUAGCCAUUUAGUAAUAACUGAUGUAGCUGCUUGACUGGCUACAGUCUCAUCACCUGGUGUCCGAGGUGAGUCAACACCAGUCACCAGUCUAAAUGGGAAUCUAGAAAUGCGUCCCAAGAACAGAACAAAGGCUGUUUCACAUUGUUAUCAAGGGUGUGUUAGGGAGACAUCCAAAGAUAAACUUUAAGCACUUUCCAGUUUUGGGGUAUCAGCUCAGAAGUUUGAAUUGUUUUCAGAGGGGAAGUAAGGCCUUAGCUUUGGGGCUAAUUUCGUUGUAGGAAGUAGAAUGGUUGUUCGUCAUUUCCUGUCUGUUUGUUUAGUUAUGGCACCAUCUGGUUUUACAGGGUAGUGUGUUUAGUUUUAGUGUGGACAUGAUUCUUCCACGUUAAAGCUUCUUUAAUCCUUAAUUUACAGAUAUCUGGGGCCUUGGGAUAAAACUGAAAAGUAAUGUAUGAAUCAAAUGGUGUGAUGCAACAUUAUCAUCAACAUCAUGACUAACUAAAAAUAGUAGUGUUUAAAGUGUGGAUACAGUUAUGUGCAAAAGAACAAUAUAAUCCAUAGGAUACACCUUUUGCUAAAAUGUUAGUUUAUCCAAAUUAUAUUCACAAUUUAAAAGUCAAAUUCUAUAAUGCCAUCUCCCAUGCAUUGUAGAAAGCAGCUCUCGUGGGUCGAGGCUGUGUUGGAAGAGCUCCUAUUAUUUUUAUAUUGUCUUAAAAGACAUUUCAGUUUGAAAGAACUCUCUGGCUCUGAAGACUUCAUAGAAAUUUUGCAUAGAACAGAGUGUCUGUGUAACAGAGCGCUCUCUAAAAUAACUGCUUGCAUUAAUUACAUCACAGAUGUACUUAUGUAUCUUUUGUGCAAUGUUAUGGAAAUCAAUUGGAUUUCCUCUGCUCUCCCAUUUUUUUCUUUUCCUUUUUUUUUAAGAUAAUACAUUUUUUCCUAAAUUUUGUAGCACUUGACGAUCAUACUAAUUGCAUUAAUGCAUUGUCCAUUAAAUGGAUGAUGCAGUGUAAUGACACAGCGGUGCUAGUUGAGUGUGAAAUGUCAUAACCAGAACCACAUGCCCUGGCCAAGCUGUGGUAUGUCCUGCAUUCUGUUGUAUUCUCUGCUCCCUCUAAAGUUUUUGGAAUUUUGGGCACCAGUUUUUAAAUAUGGUGAUGGCAGACAUAUGGCACUUUUAUAGGAAAAAAAUAAAAAGCUACACAUACCCUUGUACAACAGCUAUUAACAUGUUCAUUUGCAUUAGGGCUGCACAGUCGGGAAAAAACUGACCAUUUUGCAAUAGAUUUAUAUUAAAUAAUACAGGAAAGUUUACCGGACAUCACACAAAGUUAAUGGUCUAAGAUUCACAGCAUUAAUAAUUAAAUCACUGAAUUCCAGAAUAAAGUCAUGUGAAAAAUUAGGACACCCCAUUACGUUCUUUGAAUAUGUUUAAUCAUAUGGACGAUUGAGCUUCAUUAGAACAAUAUUGAGAGAUUUAGUUCAUAUAACUAAAUAAAUAAAACUGAUAAAAUAACUUUUAAACAUAUAUUGUAAAAUGUAAAGAACAAAAAUCUAAAUGCCUUGUGAGGGAAAAAAGUUUUAUUAUUUACCUAUUAUUACCUGUCUAAAAUUAGAAUUCUGCAUGGAGGAGUAGAAAAAACUUUUCUCCAGACAAGAGACUGACAGGAGAUUUUAGAAAACGGCUAACUGAGGUUAUUUGGCCAAAAGGGUUAAUACAAAUUAGUAGCGCAUAGGGUGUUUGAACUUUAUUCUUACAAGAAAAUUGACAUUUUCUUUCGUUUAAUUUAUACCAUUUAUCUUAAGCUCAAUCUCAAAUGUCCAAAUAAUCAAAUACAGAACCAGUCAAAAGUUUGCACACACCUUUUCAUUAAUUUUUUUAUUUUUUAUUAUUCAAUUACUUUUCUACAUUGUAGAUUAAUAUUAAAGACAAAAACAAUUAACUUUGUAAUUAUAUAGUAAACAAAAAACUUAAACCGAACUGAGAUGGUGAUUUGAGGUUAUUUGGGAUGAGCUGGAGUUUCACAGCAUGAAGGAAAAGCAGGAACUAUUUUUCAGCACCUCCAGGAACUCCUUCCUUCAAGACACUGAGAAACUAUUUCAGGUGACUCUACUAAAUCACUUGGAUUAAAAUGUUCAGUCUGCAAAUCUGUCCUUAAAAAUAAAUGUAGCUACUUAGAAGAAUCUAAAAAAAUAAAACAGAUUGUGGUUUGUUUAACACUUUUUGUUUACUAAAUAAAUCAGCAUGUGUAUAGCUUUAAUAUAGUCUCCAAUAUUACAUUUACAAUGUAAAAAAUCAUAAAAAGAAAAAAAAAACACAUUGAAUGAGAAGAGCUGUGUUCAAACAUUUGACAGGUUUUGUAUAUUUGAAAAAAACAAAUAUUUCCAUUUUUUUUUUGCUUCUGUUCUAUCAAAAGAAAAUAAGAUUUUUUUUUUUGUUUUAAGCUGCAAGAAAAGUUGCAACGUAUCAUUAUAUUUAUUUUACAUAACAUUGCACGUCCUGUAGUGUGCCUAUUGCACAUGCCCACAUUGUGUUGGUGUGGAAAUGAUGCUGAAAUAUUGUGCAACCCUAAUUUGCAUGCUGUUGUUAAAAUGCCAGCACUUCUGGCUCACAGUGGGAUGGGUAGUACUGGUGCAUACACUGGUAAUACUAGUGGCUUUAAAGGCCACUUCCCGAGUUCAAGUAAUUUAGCAGUUAAAGUACUUUGAAUCAGAAAGUAUUGUAGCAUUAAAAACAUAUAGCAGUAUUAAAAGGGAUAUUGAUUAUUUUGAAGAAAAAAGGUUGCUGCAAGCUGUGACUUUAAGGGUGCUACUAAGAAAAAAAAAGGAAAGCCCCUGGCAAAAACGGUACUGACUCACUUUACACUUUUGUUUUUUUGGUAUCAAAAAAUUACAUUUGCAUAUGAAGAUCCCCCUUUUAAAAUAGUGUUAACACUUCUUUAUUAUUAUUAUUACUUUAAGUAAAAUCGUUAGCACAAUUUCACUAAAAGUAAAAAACAGAGAUGUUGUGGUUCUCCAGUGCUUUGACUCUAGCCUUAUUAUGCUCCAUGUGGCCUCACUAACUUAAUCCAAAUCGUUGCAUUGUACUUAUGGCAGCAAAUAAAGUGAGGUGAAUUACAAGAUUUCCAUGUUUAGACUCUAGUAUGUUUUUAUUGUUUUUCUCGUGUGAUGCAGUAUAUAAGGUAUAGUUAGUGUGGAAUUAUUAGUAUCCAGUAUUUUGGAGAAACUCCCCUGAAGGUGGGCCUAAACAGCCUGUUAGCAAAUGAAUGUGCAGGUGCUUACUGGUAAUGACGUUCUACAUUUUAAUUUGUAUUUAAUUCAGUUUAAAUGAUUAAUAGCUCUGUCAAUUUAACAUUUUCCGUUUCCUAAAAAAAAAAAACUACAACAGACCAAUUGUUUUAUUUUUCUAAAUAUUGCAUUAAACAAUGCAGUGCAGUUUAACUGUUUUUUGAAUAGUCAGUGUGUCAGAUUUGUUUUGUACAUAGUCAGACAAUACAGCAGCUACAUCACUUCCAUUGUUGUUUUGUGUUCAGUCAUACCAUACCAGUCACUUGUUAAGCUCAUAUGGUUUCAUUCAUGAACAUUUAAGAAACUGCCAGACUAUUAUUAACAAGCUGAGUUGUUUAUUACUGUUAUUGUUCUACUUUUUAUUUGGUUUUUAUGUUUUUAUAGGACCAUCAGUUGUUGUUGUUCCCUGGUAUCCCCCUUCCGAUAUACAUUGCCCUAAAUAAUAAUGAUUUGUACAGCAAUGGUUUACUGAUUCAUACACAUUUUUAAACAUUUGUAAAUGUGACCAAUAUGUGUUACCUUCAAUUAGCCUAACAUUGCUUCAUCUGUUUCAGCUGUUUUCUUGGUGCUUAUAUAUAUAAAAAAAAGGUUUAAAAAACUCAGCAGAUAACUGAUGUUCUAGUUCCUGUCUGUUACACCCUAGUUUUCCUUGAUUGUAAAGGAGAGGGCAGACCAGAGUUCCUUUAUUAAAUGAUGUGACUCUAUAAAGAAUGAUGGUUUAAGCCUUGAGAAUGAGCAAUGUGUCUCAGAGACCUGCAGUAAGAAGAAUGUUCUCCUUGUGUUUUAAAAUUUCAGCAGAAAGCUAUAUGAUGGAACUCUAUACGAUGUUUACAUAUCAGAGCCCCAGUUAGGAUGUUUGGUAAUGGUUCAUUCCAUUUCCCCCCUUUUUCUGCAUUACUCUCUGUAGGUAGCCUCUAAAUUAAUGUUGCUUUAAACAAUACAUCCUAACUGGGACUUUCAAUGUAGAACUUCAGAUUUUACUUUAGCAGCUGACCACUUGUCUGGAAACAAUACACGUUGAGCUGACCCAACUUAUUUACUUGCUAAAUCUCCCUAAAUCAAAUGUGUACAUUUACUAUAAAAUAUACCAUGUAUUCAUUAAUAGUGCAAAAUAAACGGUAAGAUACUGUACUUUGUUCAUUUUUUUGUAUCUGUAAUUCCAGUUAUUAAUGAUUUUCUCUGUAAGUACUGAUUGUUGUUUUUAAUAUCCAUCCUUUUUCUCAUUUAUUCGUAAGCCUUAAUUUUACUAUCAUUGAAUGAGUGUUGUAUUUCCUUUUAUUUCUUCCAUGUUGAAGUUUUCAGUAUUCAGUCUGUCAAGCCUUUUUUUAAUUUUUCCGCAUGGAAUUCCCUGACCGUAAUAGUUAUUAACUGUUAACAUAUGUAUGGCAUUGUUAUAUAUGUCUAGAAAUGGUUCCUUUUCUUUUCCUCAUUUGUCUUGCAUCAUGGUCUCCAAGAUUUGGCUCAGUAUGCACAGACAAUACAGCAAAAUGAAUUUAGAAAAUAUCAAUGUUGAGGACACUUUGUAUCUUUAUCUUGUUUAAUAAACUCAGACUGUUAUA